AUGGAAAAGGACGGUCAACCACAGCAGCUAGUGAGAUUUGUCAGAUCGUGUUCGAUCAACCUGUUAUUACCGUUUAUCAAUGGUCUAAUGCUUGGCUUUGGUGAGCUGUUUGCUCAUGAGAUCAGUUGGAGAUACAGCAUCUUCAGAAGAGAAAAUAAAGGUUAUAGGGUCUUUCCAGAAAGACGUGUUGAAGAAGAAAGAAAAAGCGCGUUUAUAUAA